AAGCGCGCAGUUCUAGGCGACCCGGUGCAGCCGGUGGCGCACAGCAGCAACACCAGCUCCUAUGACCCCAGAGAGGGUAGCCAAUAGUCUUCUACCUUAAGCCAUCGAUGGGAGCAGGCACUGGCCAUGGAGAAGGACAUGACAGCCUAUGUGUGUGAUUCCUUGCAUAUAAAACCAAAGCCACCUCAAGACCCAUCCAUCAGUGCCUCAGUCUCCAUGAGGAACCUAGAAGGUAGAUACAUACUACAGACCUGGGAGAAGUCUGGUUUGGAAGACCAGCUGAGGACUGGGGUGUGAGCUUUUAAGGCCCUGUCUUACUUCAUUUUUACCCAUGUCCUGCACUUCACAAGGAACAGUUUGAUCUAUUGCUAGAACAGCAUUGUGCCAGUCACUACACCCUCUUAAACUUUGGCUUGGUUGGGAGCCCACUGGUCAGAGCUGGAAGAAAAUCAGCCAGGGCCAAGAGGUGAGUGUAGAAGCCACAGGGCCCCAGAAUGGAGCCCAAUGGCACCAUUCAUUCCUGCUGCUUGAACUCUACUGCAUUGAAAGUCACCAUCAGUGUGGUCCUCACCACCCUCAUCCUCAUCACCGUUGCCGGCAACGUGGUCGUCUGCCUGGCUGUCAGCUUGAAUCGUCGGCUCCGUAGUCUGACCAAUUGCUUCAUUGUGUCCCUGGCAGCCACCGACUUGCUUCUUGGCCUCCUGGUGCUGCCCUUCUCUGCCAUUUACCAGCUUUCCUUCAAGUGGAGCUUCGGCCAGGUCUUCUGCAACAUCUACACCAGCCUGGAUGUGAUGCUCUGCACAGCUUCCAUCCUCAAUCUCUUCAUGAUCAGCCUGGACCGCUACUGUGCAGUCACGGACCCGCUGCGGUACCCCGUGCUGGUCACCCCUGCUCGAGUUGCCAUCUCUCUGGUCUUUAUUUGGGUAAUUUCCAUCACCCUCUCCUUCCUCUCUAUUCACCUAGGGUGGAACAGUAGAAAUGGGACCAGAGGAGGCAAUGACACCUCCAAGUGCAAAGUGCAGGUCAACGAGGUAUACGGACUGGUGGAUGGGCUGGUCACCUUCUACCUGCCUCUUCUCAUCAUGUGUGUCACCUACUACAGAAUCUUUAAGAUUGCCAGGGAGCAGGCCAAGAGGAUCAACCACAUGAGCUCCUGGAAGGCGGCCACCAUCAGAGAGCACAAAGCUACCGUGACGCUGGCGGCCGUCAUGGGAGCGUUCAUCAUCUGCUGGUUUCCUUAUUUCACUGCCUUCGUUUACCGUGGCUUGAGAGGGGAUGACGCUGUCAACGAGGUGGUCGAGGGUAUCGUCCUGUGGUUAGGCUAUGCCAAUUCAGCCCUGAACCCCAUCCUGUACGCCGCCCUCAACAGAGACUUCCGCACGGCAUACCAACAGCUGUUCCACUGCAAGCUUUCGCGCCACGACUCCCACAAAACCUCCCUAAGGUUGAACAACUCUCUGCUGUCCAGGAGCCAAAGCCGAGAAGGUAGACAGCAGGAGGAGAAGCCCCUGAAGCUCCAGGUGUGGAGCGGGAUGGAACUCACACAUCCCCAGGGAAACCCAGUCAGGGAACAGACAGACCACGAUUUCACAGAUGAAGGAAAACCUUAAGUUUCCAGUGUCAGACAACUCUGUCACUUCCAUCUGUGACCCCAGUGACUCUGGAUGCUGAAGGCAGUCACUACAGGACUCGCCCCACCUCCAGCCUCUGGGGAAAACAGCACUGUUUUGCACCAUAUGCUCCAAUAACCUCCUAAGCUGCUACAAGAGCCUGUGGAGGCUUUGUUUCCUCCAGCAACACCCUGAAGGACUGUCAGAGGAGCAACUGGGGGAGCCACUGUCUGAGGAGACAGAAAGGACACCAUCCCAGGAAGGAAUGGAGGUGUUGCCCUGUGAGGCUGUCUAGAUCCUGCCCAGUACACCAAGAUACUGGCCUGAUCACUUGGAUCUCCUUUCUGGAGCCCCUGUAGAUCAAACCCCACUAAACCACUGAGGACAAACUUCAACCUGAACCUGGAGGCUCACAGAACACAGACCAGCUUCCCUGAGAGCAGAUUCCAGACAAGUACUUAGGCUUAUUUAGGGUGAAUUCCUUGGGUUCAAAGCUCAUGUUGGUGCUGGCCCUAGGAGCCAUGAGCAGAGAUAGCAGGACAGAGACAUGUACCCAGGUGUACAUGGACAUGGUUUGCAGGAAACAUGGACAUGUGCUGAGCAGGGCAAAAGAUGCUACCAUAAAGCACUGGCCUUGCUUCCUUGUGGGGUCUCAAUAUAAACAGAAGAGAAAGGAAUGGGAGAGAAGGAAGAGGAGAGAAAUUGCCCUCUGUGAAUACCUAACUAAGUUCCAGGUACUUUGCCUACACAGGCUCUCAUAAUUUAUAUAUAUACUUGCUUAGGAUAAGCAUCACUAUCCAGACUUUACAGAGAUGGAAACUGAGAGUUGGGGUAGUAUGAAAUGUACCUCAGGCCACUCAGCCAGAAAAUAUACCUGGGAUAGAGGUACUCAGAAAGUACUUGGUGAGUGAAUGGAUGUGUGGGAAGACGGAUGGAUGGAUGAUGGAUGGAUGGAUAGAUGGACAGAUGGAUGAUGGAUGGAUGGGUAGAUGGAUGGAUGGGUGGGUGGGCAUAUGUAUGGAUGAUGGAUGGAUGGAUGAAUAGAUGGAGGGAUGAUGGCUGGCUGAUGGAUGGAUGGGAUGAAAAUCCAGGCUUAUGUCCAUGUUUUCUAAACUACACUAACACUCAGAAGAGAAGCCAAGACAGUUUCUUAACUCAGCUAACCCUCCGCUAGCAGGUCCUAGCCCUUCAGGAAGCCUUCCAUGAUAAGCUACAGCCAUUGAUGGUGCUUGUUAUCAACAAGAAAUGGUGUAUAGUGGACUUGUGGGGCAAAGUGUCUACGGAGUCCCAGGCAAGAACAGGUAGAAAUUGGGAAGAUGCAAACAGUAGAAAUGUGUGGGUUGACCUAGUUCCACCUUCAUCUAGCUACAUGAUCAGGACAACUUCCUGGCCCCUCUGGGCAGCUCUUUACCCCUCUGUACAAAUGGAUAAACUCCCUAUCCAUAGUUAGAGAACCACUGAAGAGGCUUGAGGUGAGGUUGGUGAGAGCUCCGGAGAGAAAAGGGUGUCUGUGGGCUUCUCUCCCCUAGGGCUUCUCAAUGGUGUUGCCCUUCCUUAACCUCAACGCCUUGACACCCAUCUUUCCUUGGGUUUCCAAGACCCUCUCCUGUCCCCCACCGUAUCCACCCUUUAUGUGACUUUCCAGCCCUCUUUAUGACUCUGUCUUCUACACAACCAUUAGAUGUGACCGCUCCCUGGAGCCCGGCGACGGGACUUCUCACCUUGGCUUUCCAUUUGGGACCUCAUCUACAUCCAUGAGUUUAGUCACCAAACAUAAGGAGGUUAUUUACUGAUUCACAACUGUAGGCAAAGCAUCAGGUCCUGGGUCAUUUCCACCGGUGUGUUUCAAAGGUACUUUACCUUCAACAAGUCCACAACUGCACUCUCCAACUUCUCCCUCACCUGCUUCUCCAAAGACCCCCUUCUCAAGCAAAGGAUACAUCCUGGGCUUCAAAAGCCUUGAUCAGCCUCAACCCCUCCUUUUACCUUGCUUCUGCUCAUGGGGGGACACUCUAGAGUCUUAGCUCCAACACAUACCCACCAUCCAACUGAUAAUCUUCAUCUUCCCUGCCUCGCAUGACCCUGCUGCUGUAAUCUCCAUUGGGACAACUGGAAAAGAUGCUUAGAUCUCUUUCCUGCAUCUACCCCGCCCCCCUCCUCCCACACAGCAGCCUCAGUAGGCUGUUAAAAUUCAUACCCUACUGUGUCACAACCAGGGCUUUCUUUAGAAUAGCCAUCGGCCUGGCCUUGUCAGCUUCCAUGUCCCUCCAACUUCCCGCUUCGACAUCCCCUACCUUCUCUUACUUCUGCCCCUGUUUAUCUUAUCGUUUUAUUUAGAUCUACUAUUUCUAGCAAACAAGGUACUCAGAGUGCUGUUUCCAUGACCUCAAAUGUUCCUUUCUCUUCUGGACAAGUUGAUGCCAUGAGAUCUCAUUUCCUUGAGAAUUUCUUCCUUGUCUGUUCUGACCCUUCCCAUACCAGGCCCUUGUCACACACCAUGAAACUUUGUAGAAGAUAUUGGCUUGGCUAUAAUAUGAUAGUCAGCUGUGGUUUCUUGGACACCAUCUUCCUCCUCUAUGCAUGAGUUCCUUCUGUUGACCUUUGCCUGUUGGGUCUCUGGAAGAGUAUACACACAUAGUAGAAGCUUAGUUAAAGUUGUCAGGGAAAUGUGCAAAGAAUGAUCCACAGUAAUAUUUUAAGGGCUAGCCUGCCAAUACACUUCAAGGAGUAAUUUGGCCUGAUGACUCCCAGAGAUGACCACUGAAUCUCUUUAUCAAAUUCCCUCUGAAAGCCCAAGAAACCCAUUUAGACAUCUUCUUGGGAGUCUUUCGCAGGUGAGUCUCUUAAGUCACAGACAAACAGCUGGAGACACAAGAUCUCUGGUGCAAAUGGACCUGCAUGAUCAGAGAGACAACCAACCAGGGCUCAAGACCAUAGUGCCCAGGGGACAACCUGCCAUAUCAGAAGAUUCCUGCAAAUGUGAACUUUCUGGAGCCUUUCCUGGCAGCACAAACCGGGUCCUUGAAGCCUGGGGGAGGGCUAGCUGAGGAACUUAAGUCCAUUCUGUGUUAUUAUGUUCCAAUAAAGCUAUCAAAACAGA